CGCAACGGUGCAUUGACCAACCAACAGCGGCAUAUGCUACAGAAGAGAAAACAAGCAAAUGACUUGGCUGAUGACAUGACCGACAUGCAACUUAGCUGUAUGAUUCAACCGAGUACAGCUGAUACAAAUCCAUACCUUGUCAAUAGCUUUGCACUUGAUGGUAUCCGUUUUACGGUCACUGUUGAAUACGACACAGCCUCUGAUACCACAAAAGUGAUGACAUGCUCAUGUCUAGCUUACAAGUUUAAGAACAAGGCAUGCAAGCACAUGUUCCUUCUCGCACGUUGGAAUACAUCUUACAUCGUUAAUGGUGAUCAUCAACCCAAAAGGGUCACGAUUGAUCUCAACCCUUCCGCUCCUUCUUUUCCUCCAUCUACAUCGCGAGCCCAAGAUGGCAACAAUGUCUCUCAAUCCGCUUCUACCACUACCAAUGACACCAACGAUAAUACUUCCAUGGAUAAUCCUCGUGAUACCAUCAAGUCCCAAAUCUACAGGUUCAAACGUACACUCGAUCAGGGAUCAUUUAAUGAUGCAAAACUUCCUGAUAUUAUCGGCAAACUGGACAAUCUUCAAUCUGAACUCGAUCAAGCUCGUAUACUACUACCAAACGCUAGACUCCCGCCACAACACCCAUGCAAAAGAACUCGAACUAGAAAAUAA